AUGGUCGCGCUCGCCUCCCUCUCUUCUCUGUGCCUCUGCGGCGCCGCUCGCCGCCGUUCUGCCUCCGCGCCCACCUCCAUAUCAUGCUGCAUGCUCGCAACUCCCUCCGGCAGAGCAAUGCGCUUCUCCUCCUUAUAUCUCACAGGGUCUCAUGAAUCUAGAAUACCCCGUAGAAGGUUCCGGAGAACCGAGGGUGCUACUAAGAGCAUGGAAGAUUCAGUCAAGCGAAAGAUGGAGCAGUUCUACGAAGGGGUGGAUGGUCCGCCCCUCCGGGUCCUCCCAAUCGGCGGCCUUGGGGAAAUCGGCAUGAAUUGCAUGCUCGUCGGGAACUGUGACCGUUAUAUCCUGAUUGAUGCAGGGGUUAUGUUCCCAGACUACGACGAGUUUGGUGUGCAAAAGAUUAUUCCUGACACAACUUUCAUCAAGAAAUGGAGCCACAAAAUUGAAGCAGUUAUUAUUACACAUGGCCAUGAAGAUCACAUCGGUGCGUUGCCUUGGGUUAUUCCUGCACUGGAUUCGACCACACCUAUUUUUGCGUCAUCUUUUACGAUGGAGCUCAUAAAGAAGCGUUUGAAGGAGUUUGGGAUUUUUCUCUCAUCCAGGCUAAAGAGUUUUAGAGUUAGAAAUAGGUUUCAGGCUGGUCCAUUUGAAGUGGAACCUAUCCGCGUAACUCAUUCAAUUCCUGACUGCUGUGGAUUAGUGCUUCGUUGUGGUGAUGGCACAAUCUUCCAUACUGGUGACUGGAAAAUUGAUGAAUCACCAGUGGAUGGGAGAAUAUUCGACCGAGAAGCAUUGGAGGAGCUCUCGAAAGAAGGUGUUACUCUGAUGAUGAGCGACUCAACAAAUAUUCUGUCCCCUGGAAGAUCCACGAGUGAAUCUGUUGUCGCUAGUUCAUUGUUGCGUCAUGUUUCAGAAGCAAAAGGGAGAAGAGUAAUUACAACACAAUUUGCUUCAAAUAUACAUCGCAUUGGGAGCAUCAAAGCCGCUGCAGACUUAACUGGUCGAAGGCUGGUCUUUGUUGGAAUGUCACUGCGGACGUACCUUGAGGCUGCUUUCAGGGAUGGAAAGGCACCACUGGAUCCAUCAACCUUGGUUAAGGCAGAGGACAUGGAUGCAUAUGACCCUAAAAAUCUUUUAGUCGUUACUACAGGUUCACAGGCAGAGCCACGUGCAGCUCUGAAUCUCGCAUCUUAUGGGGGGAGCCAUGCUCUUAAACUAUGCAAAGAGGACGUCCUUCUUUAUUCAGCUAAGGUUAUCCCUGGAAACGAGUCCCGGGUAAUGAAGAUGUUAAAUCGCCUCACCGACCUUGGCCCCAAAAUUGUUAUGGGUAAAGAUGCUGGCCUCCAUACAUCUGGGCAUGCCUAUCACGAUGAACUGGAGGAAGUUCUACAGAUUGUUAAACCGCAGCAUUUCUUGCCUGUUCAUGGGGAACUCUUGUUUCUCAAAGAACAUGAAUUGCUAGGAAGGUCAACUGGCAUAAAGCACACUACUGUAAUUAAAAAUGGGGAGAUGCUUGGUGUAUCUCAUCUAAGAAACAGAAAGGUUUUGUCAAAUGGGUUUGUUUCUUUAGGGAAGCAGGACUUUAAGCUAAUGUAUAGUGACGGAGACAAAGCUUUUGGAACGUCCACUGAUCUCUGCAUCGAUGAGAGAUUCAGGAUCGCAUCUGAUGGCAUUAUCUUUGUCAGCAUGGAGAUCUUCCGACCUAAACCUGCUUCACCACAGUCUGGCUUGAAAGGGAAAUUUAAAAUAACAACACGGUGUCUAUGGCUUGAUAAUGGGAGGCUACUUGAUGCACUUUACAAGGCUGCGCAUGCAGCGUUGUCAAGCUGUCCUUUGAAUUGCCCACUUAGUCACAUGGAGCGAAUGGUAUCUGAAAUCUUGAGGAAAAUGGUUAGAAAGUACAGUGGAAAGAGACCUGACGUCAUUGUAGUUGCUUCAGAGAACACUACAGUAGGUUUCUCAGAAGAGGUAAUAAAUAGGCAUAUGAGUCUAGACUAUGAGAAAACACGGCCAGAGAACCCAGAGCGUGAGGCUGAAGGUAUGAAGCGUUGUGGAUCAAUUCGUGCCAAUGAUGUCAUUACGUUGUUUGCAGAGAGCAUCCCUGAGGUCAUGAGAACAACACCUGACGAUGCAACCACUAGCUCCAAUGGUGAAUCAUUCUUCUCUCCUGAUUUACAUCAGCCUAAAACAUUGGAUCAUUUUUGGGAGUCGUUCAAGUCCCCUACAGCAGUAAAAAUUGCAAGAAUUGUCAAUGCUUCAGCUCAAGGGAACAAACCAAAGCUCGGCAAGAUCAGCAUAAUAGAUAAGGAUUCCAGCACGUCAGCUCCUGCUGCAGCUAAAUCUUCAAGAAAGAACAAGUGGAAGCCCGAGGAAAUUAAGAGCUUGAUACAGCUGCGUGGAGAAAUGAAUGAGAAAUUCCAAACCGUCAAAGGAAGAAUGGUUCUGUGGGAAGAGAUAUCUGGUAGCCUGUUGAAGCAGGGGAUAACUCGUACACCAGCACAGUGCAAAUCUGUGUGGACAUCAUUGCUUCAGAAAUACGAGGGCGCAGAAAGCCACUGCCCAAGCCCAACAAAACAACCCCAUAAUUCCAUUUUGGAUGUCAUAAUGUAA